AUGGGCAGAGCCAAGGUGGUUGUAGUGGUGCCCAAUGACACUGGGCACAAACUGAAACACAAGAGGUUCUCUCUGAAUAUCAGGAAGAACUUUUUUACUGUGAAGGUGACAGGGCACCCAGAGAGGCUGUGGAGUCUGCAUCCCUGGCGGCAACACUUUCAAGAAUGGAAAUGUCUUCAGAGGAGGCAAAAAUGUGGGCAGCUAAGAGAAAGUUGUGGAGGGCAGCAUGUAAAAGAAGUUACAAAUGCUCCAGAGGAUAUUUGGGUUAUAAUUAAUUUUUAUCAGUCAAGUAUCCCAAUGUGUUUACUGGUCAAUGAACACCUCAACCUGCUGGCUAGAAAUUUUCCAGAAGACAAAUUUCUCAAAGCCAUUGUAAACAGCUGCAUUCAGAAUUGCCAUGACAGAUUUUUACCCACAAUACCUGUAUGUACUGGUGCAAUAAAAGGCAGGUUCAUUGGAGUAACUGAAUGUGAGGGAAUAUACCUUCAAGUGGAAACUCAAACGGAAGCUCCAGCAGUUGGGGUAACAGAAACCAACUUAGAAGAAAACAUCCAAAAGGACAUUAUGAAUAUGAUGCCACUGACAGUGCAAAGUUCUUCUGCUCAUGAAGACAAGAAUACAAGAACCAGUGAUGUGAUGAAACCAUGUAUUGCUGAAAUGAUGGGGCUUGGACAAGAGGCCCAAGCCAGAGUUGGCUUAUAA